AUGUUCAAAAUCUUCGCUUGCGUCUUCCCCUACUCCAAAAUUCCCGCAAAACUACAAAAAGAUGAUAUCAGUAAUCAAGGAUUCCUUCAGGAUCAGAGCAACUCAUCAAUCUGCGAGCUAUCCUACCACCACGUGGAUUCAGUGUCAAGAAAGUGUCUGCAGGAGAGAAUUCAAAAGUUGGAACAAGAGAAAGCAGCUCUGAUUGAAAUAAUGAUAAGUCAGCAUAAGAGUAAAUAUGAAGAGAAGUUGAAGGAUAAAAAAGAGAAGAGAACCAGUAAUUAUUAUAAGAAGCAUUUCAAUAAGUUCAAGAAGGAUGAGAAUACUUAUGACUACAUUUCAAUUGAUUAG